UCCUGCAAGCAAGCGCGGUUGAGUGACCGGCGUUGAAACGGAAGUGUUUGCCCUGACAGAGUGGAUACUUCGAACAGAUGGCGGUUUAUUUUAAUUACAGAGUUGAAAUAGUUGAAUGAUAUCAGUAUUUAUCAUAUAUUAAUAUAUUGUAGACCUGGAAGAGAUGAAAAAGGUGAAAAAACGCCACCAGGUGAAUGGGAGCAGAACAGCAGCAGGCAGACACGAAGAUCACAUGUCCUGGAAGAAGCAGAAGCUUGCAGACAUCCAGCAGGCCCUGAACAGUGACCCUGUGGACAUCGAGACCCUGCGCAGUGCAGCUGUCAGCAAGGGAGGCUUGUUGACGGACGAUGUGCGAAGAAAAGUUUGGCCCAAGCUCCUCAGCGUCAACGUCUUUGACCUUCCUGCCAAACCUGCUAAAAAUAUCAGAGAGAACCACAAAGACUACAACCAGGUGCUUCUGGAUGUCAGGCGCUCCAUGCGCCGAUUCCCGAGAGGGAUGCGGGCUGAUGAGAGGGAGGUGCUGCAGGAGCAGCUGAUUGACAUCAUCCUGGAAGUUCUGAGGAGGAACCCUCAACUGCACUACUACCAGGGCUACCAUGAUAUAGUGGUGACCUUCCUGCUGGUGGUAGGAGAGCGCAUGGCCAUAGCGAUAGUUGAGAAGCUGUCCAAUCACCACCUCAGGGACUUUAUGGACCCCACCAUGGACAGCACCAAACACAUCCUGAAUUACCUGAUGCCCAUUCUGGAGCAGGUCGACCCUGAGCUGCACGACUUCAUGCUGAGAGCCGAGGUCGGCACCAUCUUUGCCCUCAGUUGGCUCAUCACGUGGUACGGCCACGUCCUCUCGGACUUCCGGCACGUUCUGCGGCUCUAUGAUUUCUUCCUAGCCUCCCAUCCACUCAUGGCCAUUUACUUUGCUGCUGUGAUUGUGUUGUAUCGGGAGCGGGAGGUGAAGAGCAGCGAGUGUGACAUGGCCAGUGUUCAUCACCUGCUCUCUCAGAUUCCUCAGGACCUUCCAUACGAGCAGCUCAUCUCACGCACACAGAACCUCUUCAGCCGCUACCCCCCCACCCAGCUCGCCUGCUCCGCCACGCUGCAGUCCCGCAACAGGACUGGUGUAGCUGCUGGAUUUUGCUCCAUUCAAUCAAGAGCCACACCUGAUUCCUCCUGGUUAAUCAGUUCAACUUGGCCUUCACUCAACUAUCAGUUGUGACUCCUGCAUGAUUGGACACAAGACAACCGAUCUGCAAAAGGAUUAUAUUGAAAAUGUUCUCUUCUGGUUCGCUACUGUUUUCUGUGUUACUGUUGAAUCACCUGAAAAUCCACCAUCAAGCUGAGUUUUCGCGAUUUGCCACUGCCAACAAGCAGUUCCUGACUGCACAGCUGAUAUUAUUACACCCUGUCCUACUCUCCAUAAACAGGAAAUGCUCAUUUCCUAUUCUUUUUAGGCUCUGGAUGAUUAAAUCACAAUUUUUAAAAUGGAAAAAUCACAAACAGGGAAAAAGUCAGUAUUGCACAAGAGUAAUACAGGAUACACUGGCAGUGUAGAAAGACUUCUGCCACUUCCUGUUCUGGCCUGUCAUUUCCUUUCCAAAUAUAAGUUUACUGUUAAGGAAAGUAAACCACUCCAACAUUAAAUAAACACUUUAUAAACAUCAUCUUGAGUGGCUGUAAAAAUAAGCAGCAGUAUGUGCAUGUCAAAGAUGGUGUGUUUUUUUUUUUUUUUUUUUUUUUUUUUUUCCCUCUCUUUUCUUUCCUUCCCCACAGCCAAAGUGCUGCUUUGGCUAAGAUUGAAUCCCGAAUGUAAAACAGGGGAAAAAAAACACGGAGGAAAAGUUGUAAGAGAGCUUUGGUGCACACCUAACCCUUUAUAGGCAUUGUGUGUGUGUGUGUGUGUGUGUGUGUAUCAAUAUGCCACUCCUGUAGAUGCUACAGUGACUGACUAUAGUAUCACCUCAGGCACAUCUUUAAUCCAACAGCAGGAGCAGCCAUAUCUCUCCCUCUCUCCUUCUCAGAACUCUGUGUUUUUUAAAGCUUGCCACAUGGCAUCGUUGAAGUGUUCACCAUUUAGAACGCUCAGCAGUGUGCUCUCAUGCAUUUACAAUAUGCCGGAUCAUGUAAAAGGUUUUUUUUUCCCCCUCCUCACUGCUAUGACUGCGCUGCUUU